AUGGCGGCGGGGGCUUCUGUAAGGGCUGGCUGAUUCUUAACACCCUGGCGAGGAUACCGCGGGGAGAGGAGAGUGAGCAGCUCGCGAGCAUGGAGGAGGAGGGCAGCAGCGGCAGCACCGGCUCCGGCACCGGCACGGGCAACAGCAGCACCGGCGGCGGUGGCACGGUCAGCGGAGGCUUGCAGCAAAGGGAACUGGAGCACAUGGCAGAGAUUCUGGUCACCGGGGAGCAGCUACGGCUCAGGCUACAUGAAGAAAAAGUGAUUAAAGAUCGAAGACAUCACCUCAAGACAUAUCCAAAUUGCUUUGUGGCCAAAGAACUAAUUGACUGGCUGAUUGAUCGAAAAGAAGCUUCUGAUAGAGAAACAGCUAUUAAACUAAUGCAAAAAUUGGCAGACCGUGGUAUUAUUCAUCAUGUGUGUGAUGAACAUAAGGAAUUCAAGGAUGUCAAACUCUUUUACCGCUUCAGGAAAGAUGAUGGAACCUUCCCUUUGGAUAAUGAAGUCAAAGUAUUCAUGAGAGGACAGAGAUUGUAUGAAAAGCUGAUGAGUUCUGAAAACACACUCUUGCAGCCGAGAGAGGAGGAAGGCAUCAAAUAUGAGAGAACCUUCAUGGCAUCUGAGCUUCUUGAUUGGCUGGUUCAGGAAGGAGAGGCCACCACGAGGAAUGAGGCUGAGCAACUUUGCCAUAGGCUUCUGGAACACGGUAUCAUCCAGCAUGUGUCCAAUAAGCAUGCUUUUGUGGAUAGCAACCUUCUCUACCAGUUCAGGAUGAAUUUCCGUCGAAGAAGAAGGCUAAUGGAACUACUCAAUGAAAGAUCUCCCUCCUCCCAGGAAACCCAUGACAGCCCAUUUUGCUUGAGGAAACAGAAUAGUGACAACCGAAAACCUACCAGUUUUAUGUCAGUGAGUCCAAGCAAGGAGAUCAAGAUCGUGUCUGCGGUGAGAAGGAGCAGCAUGAGCAGCUGUGGCAGCAGUGGUUACUUUAGCAGCAGCCCGACCCUCAGCAGCAGCCCACCGGUCCUCUGCAAUCCCAAGUCAGUGUUAAAGAGACCAGUGACUUCUGAAGAACUCCUGACACCUGGGGCUCCUUAUGCAAGAAAGACUUUCACUAUUGUUGGGGAUGCAGUGGGAUGGGGCUUUGUUGUAAGAGGAAGUAAGCCCUGUCAUAUACAAGCUGUGGAUCCCAGUGGCCCAGCAGCAGCCGCUGGAAUGAAGGUCUGUCAGUUUGUUGUUUCUGUGAAUGGUCUCAACGUCCUGCAUGUUGACUACCGGACCGUGAGCAACCUGAUUCUGACCGGCCCUCGGACCAUCGUCAUGGAAGUCAUGGAAGAGCUCGAGUACUAAAGAGGAGGCUCCCCCAUUGGCCGCUGUAUCAGACGGAUGUGAUCGGAACUACUUGCCGAGAAGAACCCAAAACAGUGCAAGGGAAAAGCUGUCUCCCCACCUAGAUGGAUGCCGUUGACCAGAGGCGUCUCCCUUCCCCCUUUGGUGUGCUUUCGUAGGUGAUUUAAAUGUGCAAGUGCCCUUUAAGGAAUCCAUCCCUUUUUCUCCUUUAGGAAAAUGGACUUACUAGCA